GUCCUAUCACCUGUCCAUCAUAGUUAGGGGGCCUAACGUAGGGGAGGGGGCGGGGCCAUCGUAUUCUUCUCAGCCAAUGGCGCCUUCCCUGCGCUCCGCACCAAUAGCAGGCGAUGCUGUGGUUGCCCCGCGGAAGUUAAGGGAGGCGAGCGGGUUGCUAGGGACGUUGGAGGCGUUUGUAUCCAUGUGCGCAGCCCCUAGUCCAGCGCGAUGCGGCGGUGGGGGCAGGGAGCGCUACGUGCGGGUCUUUGAAGCAUGUGAUGAAGAUAAAAAAGGAUAUUUAAGCAGAGAGGAUUUUAAGGUUGCUGUAGUGAUGUUGUUUGGUUACAAACCCUCAAAGGUGGAGGUAGAUUCAGUAAUGGCCUCAGUGCAACAAAACAAUUCAGGUGUAUUACUCGAAGAAUUUUUAAAACUUAUGAGUGCAAAGAAGGCUGCACAACUGUACCAUAGUGAAAAAAGGCAGAUAUUCACAGCUUUUGACAUGCAAUAUAAAGGAUUUUUGACUUUGGAAGAUUUCAAAAGAGCCUUCAAUUCUGUUGCUCCAAAGUUACCUGAAAGGAUGAUAGUUGAAGCUUUCAGCUGUCCUAGGGAAAAUAUACAGCAUAGUACUGAUAGUCACUGAAUCUUGCAUGAAUGAUAAAUCCCUUUAAAAGAAGAAUUGUCUUGUCAUCGAUGUGGGAAUCAGGAGACAUGGUUUCUAUUCCUAGCAUUGCUACAGGCUUUUUGUAUGCUCUUCAUCAAGUCACUUAACAUCUAAGUGCCUCAGUUUCCUCACUGUUGAAAUGAAGAUAAUUUUACCAACUUCAUAAGGAUGCUAUAAUGUCAUAAUCAUUAAUGCUAAUACACUGAGAUUCUCUGGUACAUGCUGUAGAAGUAUUAUUAUGCCAGCUAUUACAUGAAUCUUUUUUUUACAAUGUUUGUAAUUUGUAAGUAUUAUCAAAAACAGAAAGUUUUAAAAAUAUGGUGGUGAAGACGUUUUGUAUAACUAAAGGACUUACCCGCCAUUGCCCGGGUUCUUCAGCACAGGGGCCUGGUAGUGUUGAGAUGCAGGAGGCAGGGUAGGAGGCUGGAGGUGUGUGAGAAUUAGGGUUGGUAGGUGAGAGGGGGUCAAGGAAGGGGGUCCCAUCGGGCAGGGUUUUUUCUCCCUCCAUCUC